CAAACGUCUCCAACACAACCGGGCGUCUCAGAGUGUCGGAGCUUGAUGAUGACGACAUAUAUGUUGCUUCUCACUAGCUAACAUGCUGCUGCUGUAAAGGCUGUAAACUUGAAAUUGUGGCUAUGAAUCACCUACUGCGACCUCUGCUGUGUCAGUCCCUGGUGCGACAGCUCAGGUCUCCCCUUGUGGCCACCUCCACCAGGGUCAGUGCACCCCUGCUGUACCCCAACACCCCCUGCUACGCCGCUGCAUGCACCAGGCUCUAUGCCACCAAGAAGGCAAAAGCCAAGGCAAAGGGCCAGUCGGCUAAGGUGAAUAUUAAUUCCUCUCUGGUGGAAGACAUCAUCAGUCUGGAUGAAGUGAAGGGGGACAUGACAGCUGUUCUCAAUGCACUCAAAGAGGACUUCACACGCAACCUCAGCAUCCGAACCUCGCCAGGAGCUCUGGAUCACAUUGUGGUGACGACUCAAGAUGGGAAGUUCCCUCUCAACCAGCUGGGCCAGGUCUCCAUGAAAUCCCCUCAGCUCAUUAUGGUCAACAUGAGCAGCUUCCCAGAGGCUACAGCGGCCGCCACCCGUGCCCUGAGAGAGAGUAGCAUGAACCUUAACCCAGAGGUGGACGGGACGAUCAUCAAGGUGCCCGUUCCCAAAGUAACGCGGGAACACAGAGAGAACCUCACCAAGCUGGCCAAACAGUUCAGCAACAAGGCUAAAGACUCGCUGAGGAAAGUGCGAUCUAACGCCGUCACACAGGUCAAAAAGACGAAGGAAGGACACUCGGAGGACACCAUACGACUCGUGGAAAAACAGAUUCAGCAGAUGGCGGACAACAUGGCAGUGGACAUUGACAAACAGCUUGCAGCCAAGACCAAGGAGCUGUUAGGCUGACGGUGAUGAUUACAAGGUCUUGUUUUUUAUUUUUUGGGGUUAUAGCUGAACCUACAGAUGGACACACAAAACAGAAUGUCAUCCCUAUCAUGUUUAUAAUUGACACUGACUCAGUGAAUCCCGUUCUCACAGUCCGAAAGCUUCACACAGACGAACGAGUCUCGGCCCCGUUGUGCAUGUUUUGGCAGAAACUGGGCUUUCGGUUCCUGCCCACAUCACUGGCAAAGAUCCGCUCUUCGCUGCUGGGUGAUAUCUGCGUUUAACCGUCAGCGCAUAAACAGAAAUUGGCACGGAAACAACAACGACAGACUGCCAGUCACCUCCCUCCUCCCUUGUUACUCUUCCUGUCUUCAAACAAACACCGAGCGAGGGACGAAUGGACUUUUAAUGGGAUUUGCGGGCCUCCUCCUAAUCAAACCCCCUUGCCACAAGGGCUGUCUGUUUAUAUAAAACAAGCGCACCCGUCUGAGUGUAAACUGGCUGCGGGUUUGUCUUGGUGGCGAGAGCGAGAGAGAGAAAGGGAGAGAGGGUUUUGUUCCAGAGACGCAGGAUAUGAUUAGCGUGUUGCCAAACAUUUGUUUCACAUUGAUUCGAAGUCUGUUUAAAAAAUGCACUUGAGUAGAAAAAGCCUUUAAUUUCAGCCCAUGUCUAGGAUUGAUAAUACGGCUACUCUCUCGACAAUAAAGAAAGUAACAUUAUUGAUGGACUCCAUUAAAGAAACACUGCUUUGUACCAUG